AUGGAUAAGUCUUGGAUAAAAAAACCACAAAAUUCAAUCGAGUAUGAUGAAGGAGUAAGGAGAUUUAUUGAUUUUGGCUUUCAACAUAGUUCAAUUGAAGGCAAAAUACUAUGCCCAUGCUCACCAUGUGGUUUUAGAAAGUGGCUGUCAAAAGAAGACGUGUAUGAUCAUUUGUUGUGCAAGAAAUUUCCCGAAGGGUACACCUUUUGGUUCUAUCAUGGAGAGUCCAAGGUUGCGUCAACUAGUAAUGUUGCUGGUGAAGCUAUGUCACAUGGUGCACAAAACCAGAAUGUUAAUGUAGACCCAAUAUUUAACAUGAUCAAUGAUGCUUUUGGAGUAAAUAGGCAACGUGACAAUGAAGUUCAAUUUCAACAAAACGAAAACAUUGAACAGGAGGAGGGAAUGACUCAGAAUGCUGCAAAUGAAGAAUUUAGUGUAGAUACAGAAUUUUAUGAACUAGCAAGAGAUGGAGAACAACCAUUGUAUGAAGGGUGUCAUAAAUAUUCAAAGCUUUCAUUCAUUGUGAAGUUGUAUCAUAUUAAGUGCUUAUGUCGUAUGACUGACAAGUCCAUGACUAUGAUAUUAGAGCUACUGCAAGAUGCAUUUGAACAUGCAAAGAUUCCAUCUUCGUUCUAUGAGGCAAAGAAAACUAUUACUAAGUUAGGAUUGGACUACAAGAAGAUACAUGCUUGUCCAAAAAAUUGUAUGUUGUAUUGGGGAGAGGAAAAUGAAACUAGAGAAACUUGCAAGAUUUGUCAUGCAUCUAGAUGGAAACCACCCCCUAAAGAAGGUGACUGUACAUCUUCUAAACAAAAAACAAAAAAGCGUAAUGUGCCUGCAAAAGUAGUUCGGUACUUCCCCCUCAAACCACGUUUGCAGAGAUUAUUUUUAUCAACAAAGACUGCUGAAGAUAUGAGAUGGCAUGCGAUGCAUGGUAAUAAUGAUGGCUUGAUGAGACAUCCUAGAGACUCUGAAGCAUGGAAGAAGUUUGAUGAUUUGCACACAUCAUUUGCGUCAGAUCCACGAAAUGUGCGACUCGGUCUAGCCACUGAUGGUUUUAAUCCUUUUGGCAAUAUGAGUGCCAGUUACAGUAUUUGGCCAGUCAUUUUGAUUCCGUACAACACCCCUCCAUGGUUGUGUAUGAAAUCGACGUCUUUUAUCAUUUCAACCAUCAUACCUGGUAAAAGAAUGCCGGGUAAUGACAUUGAUGUGUUUUUACAACCUUUGAUCAAAGAGUUGAAAGAAUUAUGGCAAGAUGGUGUAGAUGCUUAUGAUGCCUUCACACGGGAGAUGUUCAAAUUACAUGCAGCAUUGAUGUGGACGAUUAGUGACUUUCCCGGCUUAGGAAAUCUAUCUGGCUGGAACACAUACACUGGCCUAGCUUGCCCGUCAUGCAACUUUGAUUCUGAACCUUGUCGUCUUUAUCAUAGUAAAAAAUGGUGUUUUAUUGGUCAUCGACGUUUUCUUCAUGAAAGACACAGAUUUAGGUUGAACAGGAUUCGGUUUAAUGGAAAGCAAGAUCUGCGUAAUCCUCCAAGGUUGUUGUCUGGUUGUGAAAUACUUGAACAAGUUGAGAAUAUUAAUGUCACAUUCGGAAAAAGACCCGAUAUUAGUGGAAAAGGAAAAAGAAGACGAGUUGGUGGCCGUGAUCUGCAUGGCAACACCCAGCAAUGGAAAAAGAAGAGCAUAUUUUUUGAACUUCCAUAUUGGAGGCAUAAUUUAUUACGUCACAAUCUUGACGUGAUGCACAUUGAGAAGAAUGUUUGUGACAAUAUCAUUUUCACAUUGCUUAAUGAUUCCUCUAAGUCAAAAGAUCAUUUGAAUGCUCGAAGAGAUCUUCAAAGAAUGGGCUGUAAGAAUGACCUUUGGCCAGAUGAUAAUGGAAAAUAUCCUUUAGCAAUCUAUACAAUGACUAAUCAAGGCAAGAAGAUGUUCUUAACAACAUUGAGAAAUAUCAAUGUACCGGAUGGUUAUGCAAGCAACAUAUCUAGGUGCAUUGAUUGA